AUGAAGUUCACCGCUCCUUUCGUUGUUCUAGCCUGUGUCCUAUUCGAGGUCGCCACUGCUGCGCCAGCACGCCCCAGUGACACAAUUCACUUCCCUCGCCAUGAAGACCUUGAAAAGCGCGCACCUUCCUGGACCACGGUCGGCGACGACCUGACUGCCGUUCCCGGUGACGGCGGCAUCGAAGCGCCGCAGGCGCCGGCUACAUCUCACAAGCGCUGA